AUGGUUUCUACAAUCAUCCACUCAGUGCUAUUAUUCGACGGCCAAUCCGUCCACCAAGAUGCCACCGUCACCUUCGACUCCUCAACAGGCCAGAUAACCUCAGUCUCCAGAGAUAAGCCGCCAUUUACUGAAGGAGCCACUGUGAUCGAUGGGAGAGGCCAUACGUUACUCCCGGGAUUGAUAGAUUCUCAUAUGCACGCUUUUUACCAUGGACUGCCCCCAGAUGCCCCAGAGGAGAUCAUCCUGCAACAACCGAUCAAGGCUGGAGUCACCACUGUAUGCGACAUGCAUUGUGACGCGGCAUGUGUGGAGAGACGACGGGCUCAGAUUGCCGAUGACCUUAAACAGGCACAUGCUGGAAGCGGGCGAGUGUUCGUGUCCGAUUUGAAGACCAGCCUUCUUGGCGCGACUAUUAAAGGGGGAUGGCCAAUUCCAGUUGUGCUGGGUCAUAAUCCUACAGAUGAGCUCAAAGAGUACGUCAAAAGUUGGCCAAAUGUGACGGAAGAUAAUGCAGAAGAAUUCAUAAAAGACCACAAGGCACGCGGGGCGGACUACAUCAAACUGAUGCAGGAGAACUGUCAUUCUUUAGGGGUACCAACAGAUUCGAUCCCCUCGGCAUCUCUGUCCCUCCAAACAGCCAUCGUUAAAGCUGCUCAUGCUGAAAAUUUCACCGUUGUUGCACACGCAACAUCCCUCGAUGGCACGGAGCUCGUGCUAAAAGCCGGGACGGACGGGCUGGCACACACAUUCGUGGACCAGCCACCGACGCAGAGCGUGAUCGAUCUGUACAAUAAGACGAACGCAUUCGUUAUUCCGACAUUUGUGGUACUAAGUAGUGGGUCAGGUGAAAACCAAGACCUGCGAGACAAAUUCGCCGACAUCGCCCACACGCGAGGGUUGAUCGACGCAAGCAGCAAGCAGACCAAGAGAGACUUCCUCGGCACAGGCUCGAGUAGAUGUACCGUUGAGUAUGCGUACGAGACUAUCCGUCGUCUGAAGGUCGAGGGUAUCGAUAUCCUCGCUGGAACUGACUCGAUCGUCGGUCUCGCUGGCACCGCCCUGGGCGCGAGUCUGUGGAUGGAACUGGAGCUGUUUGUGCAGAAAUGUGGGUUCACUAUCCCCGAGGCACUGCGUUCUGCAACAUACUUGCCGGCGAAACGGCUUGGGUUUGACGACCGUGGUGUCGUCGCCCCGGGAAAGAGAGCGGAUUUGGUGCUCGUGAGGGGUGAUGUCACGCAGAAGCUGCAGAGUCUCUGGGAGGGAGAGGGUAUUGUCGGAGUAUGGAAACUGGGAUUUAAAGCUGGUUAA